UCUCAUUGCUUAAAGUAAACUAAAUGCAUAUGAUUUAUUUGGAUGAAAAUCCUUGGUAAAUAAGAACCUUAUAACCUGUAGGUAUUUAUCAAUCCUUAACAUGUUUUUUCAAAUUAAAAUGAUUAGAUUUAUUUUUAUGAGGCCUUCGAGUUCACUAUGCUGACUAAGUGUUUAUUUACGAGAUAUAAAAUGUUCCUUUUUAAAACAGCAUCCAAAUGAGAGUAGGUAAAUAUUUGACCUGUUUGCUCACACUUUCAGCAGUGAAUGGAUAUUAUUUUCAAAGAACUUUGCAUGUAAAUAUUUGAUCCUCUGUUUUGAUAUUCAUGAGAAAACUGAAUUUAGGGCACUAGAAACGAGCAAAGGGAGCCAGUGUGUUAAGGGUUGUUAUGGCGGCCAAUGAAGAGGAUUAUCAACUUUCCAUAAUUUCAACAAAUCUACCAUGGAGAUAGCUAGAACGGACAGGCUGACACAUAUGGAUAAAGUCUAGAUCUUCACGGGGCAUUGAUCACACAUUUAGGAAUAUCCGUACAAGAAAAUAUUGAAUUGGACCAAAGUCACACAGACACGGCUAUCAGAUGGAUUAUAUGCCUGAAACCACUCACUAGAUGAUGUCGCCAGAUUUCUUCCGAUAUUUGAUGCUUGGAGACACACAUUGAAAGAUGGCUAGCAAGCGCUCAUUACUAAUCAUCCUAGGAGUAAUUGGGGUCAUAGAAUGUCUGUCUGGAAUUGUCAGAUAUGAUGGAUAUAAAGUUUUACGUAUUCAACCUUCUGGACUUGACCAACAGAGUGCUGUCGUGAACCUGAUCAGAGAUGGACAACAUGAAAUAGAUGUCUGGUCGGAAAUGUCAGGGGAAGGCCUAGAUGGAACAGGAAGCACCCUAGAAAUUCAAGUUUCCCCAUCAAUACUCCCCACUAUACUCUCAACUUUGGAGAAAAUGGGCAUACAUUAUGAUGUGCUGAUAGAUGAUCUCCAAAAAAGUAUAGAAGAACAGCUACAAGCUAAUGGCAUGCAUCGCUAUAAAAGAUCUGCUGAUAGUAUUAACCUAACAACAGGCUAUUCAACCUUCCACGACAAGUAUUGGAGAUAUGAGGAAAUAAAUGAAUGGCUGUUGAAAAUCUGUAAAACUUACCCUAACCUGACAGAAUGUAUCAACUUGGGUAUGUCCUAUGAAAACAGACCUAUCUAUGCAAUAAAGAUUUCAACAUCCCUGGAUGAUGCAACCAAGAGACAAGCAAUCUGGAUAGAUGCAGGGAUGCAUGCACGUGAAUGGAUCGCCCCUUCUGUAGCCCUCUUUAUAAUUGACCAGUUAAUCCAUGGUUAUUCCUCAAACAGUAAUAUUGAAGAACUUUUGAGCCAAGUUGACUUCUAUAUUCUCCCAGUCUUCAAUGUGGAUGGAUAUGUCUAUUCAUGGACAACUGACAGAUUGUGGCGCAAAACUCGCUCUCCUAACCCUGGGUCUAAAAACUGUUCUGGUACAGAUCCCAACAGGAAUUGGGACUUCCACUUUUAUGAUGAGACUGCCUCAGGAUUUGGCUGGACAGCUGCCACUGAUCCAUGUGCAAACAUCUACCAAGGAGCUGAGCCUCAUUCUGAGAUUGAAGUUCGUCAUAUGGAUGAUUUCAUUCAAGCUCAUGCAAAACAUAUCAAGGCCUAUGUGACUUUACAUAGUUAUGGCACUUUACUUAUGUGGCCCUGGUGCUUUACUACUAAACAAGUUCCUCCUACUAAUUAUGAUUUGGCCUAUGUUGCUUUAGCCAUGCGAGGAGAUAUAAAAAAUGUCCAUGGCAGGAUUUAUCGCACAGGAAAUAUCGGAAAAAUGUUAGGGUUUGCAUCAGGUGGGACCAGUGUGGACUAUAUGUAUAAUAAUCACAGUAUUAAAUAUUCAUAUGCCUUUGAGCUCCCUGGAGGCCCUUUCGUAAUGGGACAAAGUCAGUUAAAAAGAUUUCUCCUUCCGCCUGAAAAUAUAGUGCCAAUCUCUGAAGAAAUUUAUGUAGGAAUAAAAACACUGGCAGAACACGUAAUUGGAGGUGUUAAAUAUAAUUUAACUAUGACUGCAACUGUCGCAACAACAAGUUCAGCAACAAAUGAAAAGAUUGGAUUGUUUAUACAUGUAUGUUUGAUUCUACCUCUGGUUUUAGCUGUAUUCAGGUCAUUGCGUUAAGUGUGAUAUGCAAUUGUGUAUGAGAUGAGGUCCAUUUAUCAAUGUCUACCCAAAAACAUAAUUAAUUUUUUAAGCAUCUUCAACAUGAGGUUUCAAUGCUUCAGUUUCACUUGAUCGUUAUUGUAUAUAACUUUGUCAGAGUAAAAACAAAAUGCUAGUCAUACUUUAAAAGUAAAAGUAUCAUGUGACUUCUUGAAUUCUUGAUUCAAUAGUUUCUCUCAUUAGAAACCUAAUUAAUAAAGGACCAUAAGAUUAUCAUUUGUAAGUGUGACUGCAGAUGAAACAAAUAUUUAACUACUUCUGAUUGGUUUAGAGAAGAUCCCAAUGACACACCACAUAGUUAGCGAAAGCCCAUGAUAUGUACAUAUAUAGCAAAUCUGUAAAUGUAUCACAUGUAUAUAGCAAAUAUUUGAAAGCCAAUGCUUUAUAGCUUUAAAAGCUUCUUAUUGUUAAAAUAUUUUUGCCCUAAAUCAUAUUUUCAACGUCUUUGAUAAUAUUAUGCCAUUGUACCAAAUGUUACAUUUACUGGGCUAUAUUGAAAUUUACUAGUCAUAUAAACAAUUAUCCCAUUAUAAUACCCCAGUAUUAAAAUCAAGUGUUCCAGUUGUGACAUCAUAUAUCAUGUUAGAAUUUUUCAAAAGAUUUAUGUAACCUUAGCACUGUAGGUACUUAAACAUACAUGAUUACCUCUGGAUAAAUUCAGUAUCUAAUUAUUUUGUGUACAUACAGUUAAGUGGAAUAUACAGGUUGAAUCUGAGAGAAGCAUGCAGAUAAUGGUAUCUUGUUUAUCAAAUGAUUGGUUUACAAGCCAAUCAGAGAAAGAAAAAUAUUAUAAUUAAAUUAAACCUAGUGUUCUGAUUGGCAUUUGUACAAAUCGUUUCAUGAAUUCAUCUGAAAUUUUCAGGGAUGUUUCUACGUAUGAAAGUUUAGAGCUGAAUAGUAUUUGGGCAUUCUGGGU